AUGUCCAGAGAACUGACCAAAGGGUUUCCCUUUCGCCAGAUGGUGAUUGUGUGUUUGAUCCGAUUUUCCGAACCCAUAGCCUUUACGUCCUUGUUUCCCUAUGUCUAUUUCAUGAUCCGAGACUUCAACAUCGUGGAUGACCCCACAGAAAUAUCAAAGUACACUGGCUACAUGGGAGCCUCUUUUGCAUUUGCCCAGUUCCUCUGCUGCAUCCACUGGGGCCGGCUUUCCGAUCGGAUUGGCCGAAAACCGGUGCUUCUCCUCGGCUUAUGCGGCACAAUGGUGUCGCUUUUGAUUUUCGGCUUUUCCACAAACUUCUACAUGGCCAUCACCGCCCGUUCGCUAAUGGGCGCUUUGAACGGAAACGUGCCUGUUUUGCAGACCAUGGUGGGCGAGUUGGUCACCGAGAGAAGGCACCAGUCAAUGGCGUUUUCGUGUCUUCCGCUUCUAUGGAACGUAGGCUGCGUUCUAGGUCCAGCUAUCGGCGGGUCCAAAUACUUGACAAGACCGAAAAUGACGUCAGAAGUGGACGCUUCCGGUGCCUACGACCGCUUUGUUUCGAAGCACCCGUACGCCAUGUCGAAUAUCGUCGUUGCAGGACUUUUGAUGUUUAGCUUCAUUGUUGGUUUUCUCUUUUUGGAGGAAACGCAGCCACAGGCGAAAAAGAAGCACGAUUACGGCUUGGCCAUCGGAGACUGGAUCCUCACUUCCAUUGGGUUGACGCCUCUGGCUCGUUCUGUGGCCAAGACUCUGAGAAACGAGCCCACAGAAACCACCCCAUUGAACCCCAGAGAUAUCUAUGAAUCCGUGGACGAUGACGUAAUUGACGACAACGACGACGACGAGUCCAUCAAUUCCGAUUACCAGCCUUUGACCAGAAGAUCGUCGCUUGCCAUUGUUCGUCGUUAUUCCAACAACUCGCUCGCCAGAACUACCACCAACCAAUCUGUCAUUGACGAAACAAAGAACAUUUUCAAAGCGUUUGCCGACAAGAACAUCCUCAGCAACAAGGUCCGUGGCACCAUUCUCGCCUAUUUCUGUGUCUCUUUCCACUGUCUUGUGCAUUCUGAGUUUUUGCCAGUAUUUCUAGCUGGUCGAUUCCAGCCAGAUCUGCUCCAGUUCCCAUGGCACAUGAAGGGCGGAUUAUCGUGGGAAACAAGCGACAUUGGCUUCUUGCUUUCCACCACGGGCUUUGCCGGCUGUUUUAUCAUCAUUGUCGUCUUCCCCAUGCUUGACAGGUUCAUGCGGAACAUCGAUGUUUUCCGCCUAGCAUCGCUUCUUUUCCCAUUUUGCUACUUUUUGCUUCCGUACCUAGUGUAUACCAAGCCUGAAGCUCUGAGCAGCUUUCCUUCUUGGUUCUCCACAGCAGGCAUCUACACCUGUGCCUCGGUGCAGACGUUUGCAGCUGCUCUCUCGUUUCCUCAGAUGGUGAUUUUGGUUUACCGUGCCACAACUCCCAAGCAUCGUGCUUUUGUCAAUGCCACCUCGAUCAGUGCCUCUGCUUUGGCCAGAUGUGUGGCGCCAUUGGUCUGGGGAGGUCUUAUGUCGUUUUUCGACAAAAGAGGCGUGGCUCAGGUUUCGUGGAAUAUCCUCACAGUGAUUGCCAUUUUGACGUCGGUGUUGGCGUUCCAAUUGGACGAGUACGAUGAGGAUUUGGACGAAAGCGAGGAGGUGUAA